CUAGGAUGGAAGAGACGGUGCGAUCACUGCUGCAAUACAAGAGCCGCGUGGAAACUUUGAAGCAGGAAAAAGCGUCUUUAUCUUCUGCGCUGGAGGCGUCAGCAGCGCACUACCAGAGUCAAGUAACGGCGCUGAGUGCUGAGAACGAACGGUUGCGGGGCCAGCUGGGCGCGCUUUCAGCGGGACUCGGCGCGAGCGAGCACGAGCGCAAACUGGACGAUGUCGCGCAACAAGUGGUGCGCGCGCUGCUUUCACAGAAGAGUGUCCGCGAAGAGCUGGGAUGCGCGCGAGCACGCGUUCGCGAGCUGGAGGCACAGAACAGGGCGCUGAGCGCUUUGCUGGUGAGGCAGCUGCGGCCGCAGCCCCGGCCUUCGCCCGCCACGCCUCAUACUCCGCUCACUCCACACACCCCACGAGAUCUUCAAGUACACUUGGUGGACGUCGGGUCGUGCGGGUCUUUAGUCUCGUUCCGGGAUUCGCCACCGCCCGCGCCGCCGACGCCGCAACCCCAUCCGCUCAGCCACGACGACAAGCGGCGCCACCAGAUCCUUGCUGACAUAUGGACUGAACUCAAGGGGCUGGAGGUAACGCCAGCUAACCUGGCGCGGGCGCUAUCCGCCGUGGACCCAGCGCUGUGGGCGCCGCCCGCCCGCCCCGCCACGCUCAGCCUCAACAUGCCGCAACCUUGCACGGACUCCAUCACAGGCACCUGCUGUGAGAAGAUCACCGAGGAGGACAACGGCGAAGCAUGCGAGGCUGGCGCUGAAUCCCCCGAGAGUGGCGCCAAGGACGAGGGUUACUCCACCAUGUCGAGCGACGUGCAAGCCGACGCGUCGCGCCAGUCCGACCACGCUCCCGACCGCGCGCUGCCCGACCUCAACGAGGCCUCCGACGAGACCGAUAACCAGACCAUCGUGUCCAUCAACCCGCGCGAGCGACGCCAUGCCAGACUUAUAACCGACGCUGACUACAUCUACUUCCCUAUUGGCGUCGCCUUCGCAGGCCUCAGAGGCAGCUACCCACCUUCAAGACCAGUACUACCUUUCCAACACGUCGUCCGCAGCUUUUCAGACUCUCAUCUUUGUUUAAAACUCCUAGCGGGAACUACAUGCCCUACCAGCUGUCUAGACAGUCCGACCCCGAGCUCAGGAGUAUUAGUAUUAGAUCUGAAACCAGCGCCCGAAAGACCUCUGAGGAGACCCGCGAUCGCGUCAACUACCAGCUCGGAGAGAGUGUCCUGGGGAAGUACAGUCGAUGAACGCGCUGACGGUUCGCAAUACGACGCCGAUUAUGUUCAACACUGGCUCGAAUUGGACGACGCGAGAUCGGCACUUCAGCAGCGACAUAGAGACAUAGCCGACUUAGAAUAUGAUAGGGCUGAAUUGGAAGAUUGGAGCCUCUCUUUGUCUUGUGAAGAUCUCAGAGACAGGCAGUCCCCGUUCGCGGAAAUAACCACUCCUGGGCAAAUAUCGUUGUCCACCUUACCGAGUAUUAGGGAAGAUGAUGCGCUAGAGCUUGAGGAGGACGUCGGCGACUGUUUAUGGAAUGACUGUGGAUUUGCCACGAUAGAGAUUGAUGAAUGCAGGAUAGGCGACGAUCCGGAUAACACGGACAAAAGAUGGGAGUGUAGUGGAACUCAUUCGCCCGGUGGCUCUUGGUCGAGUACUUCUGACGCUCCGGAUAAAAGGUCUAGUACCGCUUUGAGUGAGGACGGUGAUUGCGCAAAUGUCGGUCUUGAUUUCACGAGAGAUUUCUAUAGACUUGUGAAAUACGAAAGCACAAAAAGCUUAGCUUCGAACUCGUCACGAGGCUUACCUGCGCCGGAUGUUAGCAAUCAUUUGAGAGUGCACGACGUGCAGGCAGUGGCGCUACAAGAUCGUGAACAAGCGCUCCAAAACGUGUUACACUUCAUUGCGGAACAACAGAAGUAUUGUCGUGAUAGAGAAGAAUCUGAUUCGAUGUCGUCGCGACCGGUAUCGGAAAUACGAGAACUCCCUCCGCCUUAUGCGGCGGCGGAUUUCGACGACGACUCGGUCGGUCCACGGAGUGAAGUCUCCGAAGACAGGCAGAGACCGGACUCUUUCGGUAGUUUCUCUGAAAACGAUUCCUGUGAUGUUAUCCUCGGCGAACGGCCGAGGGUUCCGUAUUGUGAUAAUAUUUCCGAGCCAAGGUCGACCCCGAGAUUCAUCGAACGCGAAGAUCCGUAUGCGGAGUCGGAGGGCUAUUUCAAUGAAUUCUCUCAUAUCGAAAACGCUGAAAACGAAUUAGACGAGCAUCAAAUUCUUAAAGUGCAAAGAAAGAACGAAAUAAAUAGAACAAUAGAUGUCAUAAAUUCCACGGAUGAUGAACCACCUCUAGAUCAAUUGAAAGAUGAAAGAAGUGAUAUAGAAUCUAGUCGAUGCACUGAACAUCAUUCAGCAUUAAAAGAGAAUACCGUUAACAUAAAAUUAAAUCAGAAACCUCCAAACGAUAGAGUGGUAUUGGAGAGUAGUCUGAUCAAAUCGUCUAGUUUUACGUUUCCCAGUGAACCGGAGACUUCUUUCGUGGAGGAAGUUUUGAGCGCUUGCAGACGAAGCACAGGAGCUUUAGUUACCGUCCCGGAGGAGGAGGAGGGGUCAUCGCCAGAGAACGGUUCCCCUCAAAUGACUGAAUCGAAUACGACGAGCACUUCUACUGCUGAAACUGUGAUAGUAAGUAAUAAGAAUGAAGUGACAUUUAAGGAGAUUAAGCCGAGGAAAGAUAAGAGUCGGAUCCCUACGUUGAUGGGAGGUAAAAGGCCUCCGUCGUCGCCAAACAAGACGCGGUCGAAGAUCCCGGUGGCGGAGAGGGGCAGACUCACGGCGUCGGUGUCCGCUGAGCCAAUCAUCGUGAAACAAGAGCACACGCUCAGCUUCCACGAAGCCGCCACUUCCAAAGAUGUCAUCGAGGAGCUCAAUCGCAUGAUCCGCCAGAGUGAGUCGACAGCAGUGAUGGAAGAACAACCGGACAAAAGUCACUCGCACAAAGACGGCGCGCUGUGGGCGCCCACCGGCUGGGUCCACGUCGAGAGGGACAUCGACUUCAGCGACCCUAAGGCGCGCGCGAACUUACUAGACGUGAUGUUAGCGUCAAGCGACUCGUCGCCAUCUUCAUGCAGCUCAUCGCCCGCGGAACCUCCCCCGCCCCCGCCCGCGCCCGCGCAACCCCCGCCCCCACCCACGACCAACGCGCCCUACUCGCGUCUGCACCGCUUACACCGUUCCAGGAGACAGAAGACAGCCGCCGCGCUGCGCAGUCGCGGGCUGGCCGUGCUGCGAUUCCCGCGCGCGCGCCGCCCCUCCAUCCUCGGCCGCGACGGCUUCUUCGUCCGGUACGGCGACCGGGAGCGCGCCGCCGUCGCCACCUUCGACUUCCUCGACGAAAUCUCCGGCGGAUCCUCCCCGGACACCAAAGACUGUAUAAAUUAGCGUUAACGCCAAAUUAUAUUUUUCUAUCUCGCUUGUGACGGCCUGCGUGCCGCUGACGAAACCCGCUCGAGUGACUCGUUUCCCCGUUUGCGAUGUUGAAGAUUGUCUUCUUAGGCAGCUCCGCUCGAUAGAGCUUGUAGGAUAUUGGAACACCUACGAGAUGACGCACUCGACAUCGGCUUGUUUUGUGAUGCAGUUUUUUAUGUAUCGAAAAUGUUUAUGAAUAUGUUACGAAAUUCGGCGACUGUAGUGUAGUGCGCGAACUGCACGAUCCACAUGGCUGCAGCUUUGGGUCCCGAGUUAAGUGUCAUAACUCCGCUUAAUAGAAAACUAUAAUUCUUUACUCUUUAUAGUUAAGUCAGGUGUGGGAAAAGACACGACGAAAACAGAGGUUUUCUAUACAAGUGUAACCUAUAUUGUGAAUGUUCCGAAAUCUUAAUAAACAUCGACUGUAAAUUCACAAUAAAAUAGCGAGCGCGGCGAUUUUAAUUGUCAAAUAACAAACAAUAAUUUGCAUUGAUGUAUUUAUAUGGAUUGAAAAAAGAUUGUCGAUGCUGCGCCUACGCCGCACGACGCACUUUCAUUGUGAAUAAGGCCUAACGCUUUCAACGUUCAAAUGUCAUGAAAUUUUAAUUUUAAAUGCCUUUGAAAUCGAUAAAGUAAGCGCUUUGCAAUGCCACCAACAAUAAAAAUUAUAUUCUACUCGACAAACCCUAUCCCCGCGAUGUCUAGCUUGCUUCGAUUGAACACACGACUUAGAUAAGACGAACUAACUAUUGACUAAGUAAAUGAAAGCUGCGGCCUCGAAGUAAUGUGAUAUUUUUGUAUAUACUGUAAGUCCCACUUAUUUUCAUACAUUUAAAUGGAUUCCUUUCUUACCGAACGAUGCGUUACUGUUGGGUAAAAGUGUGAAAUAGGUACUGUGUGUUUCUGAGUCUGUGGUACACUAAGGGAAUGACUGAGUCGUGCGAGGGUAAGAAGGAUGCCAGAAUACUUCUUUCUCUUUCUAAAUUUAACCUAAAAGAAGGGUAGAAGAGCUUUUAUCAUCGCACAACUGCGGUCGAAUAAUACGUAGGUACUUAUGUAAAUAUCGGUUACGAUUUACUUAUCGAGUUAGCAACUAACUAUUAUUAAUAAAGAAUAGUCAUCUAUAACGAUCGAUUAACAUUAUGAAUCCAUUAAAUCGAAGGGUACUAAAGUAUGUUAGGUGUACAUAGAUAUUAUGACGUCAUUGAAUGCUAUUUAUUGAUUUGUAUCCGUUGCGAAUUGUCGAUCAUUUGUGUAUACUUAGGUACAUAUCAUGAAGUUGUAUUAUUUCUUAAGGUGAUGAUUCUGUAAUGUUAAGUUGUCGAAGAUUGUGGCAAAAGCAUUGGGUGUGAUAUACGAAAAAACGAUACGUAGUAACUGUAUUUUUAAUUAAACGAAAUAGCUUCUUAAAUAUUUUCUUUCAAACAAUGAAAUUUAUGGAUGAUGGGUUUAGUGAUAUUUUUUUAAUAUUAUAACUUUAUAUAAAUAGUGAACAGGCUGUAAUAAAAAACAAAUAACUAAUACCUUAAGUUUAUUGAAUUGGUUACAAUCAUGUUAAAAUAAAUAGUUACAAGGUAAUUUUUUUUUAUUAUUAUAUUUAAACAAUUGUUACUUUAUGUAAUAGAUACACAUAUAGAUACUUAUAUACAUAAGCAGUUAUUAGCCACAAUCAUUGACAAACAAUUUUCUUUGUACCUACUAUUAAAAUAUUUUUUUUUAGUCGGUUAGAAACCAUUGCGAAAUUGUUCUCGAGGACUUUAUUGUAUUUAGUUAUUUUAAUGGCGCAACCAAAGCGAUUUUACACAAAAUAUUGCCACCACUCGUUACACUGUGACACAUUUUUGUUAAGUUAGUUUGGUGAAUUAUAAUUUGAUUCCAGCUUGUUUCAAAUGGUAGAGAUUGAAGACAAUAAAGGAAGAUUUAUACCUAUUUAUUAAUAUAUAUCGAUAUGACGACUCGAUGGAUAUCUAAAAUAUAAACGUAGUGUAAGAAGACCUUAGCGAUUUUUUUCCAUCCGAAAUAUUAAACUUCCCCCGUAUGGAUACAUACUUAUGUGGAAUUACUUUACACGAUUGGGCUUUCAGAUUUCUCUCAUUGCAAAAGUAGACUUAAUUUUAAAGCACAUAAAAUAUCUUUUGUUGUAUGAUGCCAUAUAGGAUUUUUUUUGGAAAGGCCUAUUUUGUUAAUUUCAUAAUCAAUUCCAUGUUUUCUUAAUUUUAGCAAUUUGCCGUGAUAUUUUACUUUACUUAUUUACUUCUUUAUUAACUUGACAUAAAUCAUUGGCGCUAUAUAAACUAUACCUAACUUAUUGAUAGUACUAUUCUGUACCCUAAACAUGAACUAAUAUCGAAUUCGAAUAGUUUGCAAGUGCAAAAUAUCAAUGCCAAAUUUUUGUAUGGAAACUUGAACGUCAGCGCCACAACGAACGAGAACUAAAAAUCAGUAUAUAUUUGACAUAAUAUCUAAAUCGAAUUAUACUGUUCGAAUUCGAUACUGGUUCGUGCUAAAGGUACCUACUGUACCCCUAGCACGAACCAAUAUCGAAUUCGUAUCGUUUGCGAGUCCGAAAUGUCAUUGUCGUAGGUGUAAAUGUGUAGGUACUGAUUUUUAGUUCUCGUUACGUACUUUGUGCCGCUGCUGUUCGAGUUUCCAUACAAAAUUUGACAUUGACAUUUCGGUUUGCAAACUAUUCGAAUUCGAUAAUGGUUUGUGCUAGGGUUACUGUAAUAAAAUUCAAUUUUUUCACCUCAGAAUCCGUGCGUGUGCUUUGAAAUUUAUUUGAUAUCCGUGUUCUAAUUUUAAAUCACACCGCGUAUUCCGAGAUGGAAUGUGAAUUUGUUCUUGCAGAAUAUAACUGCUGUUCUUAAAAAAAUAUAGGUGUGCUAAACUUCUGCUUUUUCUAAAUAUUUGCCCUUUCCAAUUGUGCUAUGAUUCUCUUAUCUGGUCAAAAACCAAUAUAGUUCUAUUACAGUUUUGCUGCCACGAAGAAAGUUUAUAAUGAUAUUGUAGAUAGUUUAUCCGUCCAAAGUUAACAAAUAUAUUAAAUAGGCAAGUAUUGGUGCCAAUUCUGGCGUGAUUCUUUAAAUUUAAAACUAAAUUUAACAUCAGUCUCUUCUUUUCAUUCUGUAUAGAGAAUGACAAGGAUAUACUGCUGUCAAAUUUAGGUUUAGGUUUAGAGAACCAUGCUAGAAUCGACACCAUUGUAUAAUUAAAACGUACUUACUGCCGUUUGGAUUUUAGUAAUCUUAUUUAAUCAUUGUCUACAAAUAUUAUUGCUUUUUAAAAUAUUAAUUCCAUUGAGUAUGUAUCCAAACGCAAAAUAUCCUAUUUUACUGUGAAUAAAAUAAUAAUUUUAAGUAGUAACUUCAGAUAAAAAUAUCUUGAAUAUUUUCCACAACAUUGAAAUGUGUAAGACCUUUUCGAAAACUUGUUAAUUAUUUUAUUAAAUUACCUAUAUUACCUUUCAGAAUUGGCAUGUUUAUAGUUUUAACAUGAAAUUCAUUUAAAUCAUAUUUAAACAUAACCACAUGUAUUUAUUAUAAAUAUCAGUAGAAUCAGUACUGUCAAACUACCGUUGGUUUUGAAGCACAAGCAUGAGGAUGUAAAUGUCGGAAAUUCGUAAUCGUUGGUAUAAUGGGUGCAUAAAUAUGUUUGUGCAUACUUAAGAGAUAGAAAUACUUGAAAUAGGUAGGUACUUUGAACAGUACAAAAUGUGUAGAGUAACAGUAUAAUUUAAUUAUCUACUAUCACAGAUGGGUUCAAUAAACGAUUCCGUUCCCAAA